ACGCACAGAAGGGUCCAGCUCCUGCUUUCCUGCAUUUAUAUGUGUUAAAACAGCAUCACGAGAGACUGAUGCAUCAGAAAAUGUAAUGAAAAGCAUAGCAGAUGACAACGAGACGGCAAAAGAAAACCGAAAGAGACAUUUAACAACUUUUACCGGUUUGGAUGUGAAGCGCAAGAGCUGCGCGGGAAAAGUGUGAAAGUCCACAGACUUAUGCGACAACUUUCCACAGUUUUGUUAACUUUUCUUGUGGGUUUUUUCUGACAAGUAGGCUAUUUAAAUGUCAUCAUUCACGAUGAAUACCUCGGUAUUUUUUUGCAAUUCCGAAUUUGUUAACUCGUCAAACUUGUCGUGUGUGAACCGGACCGUCCCGUCUUACAACGUCAUUGACAUCGCGUCCUUCAUGCACGUCUUCCCCACUGUCUACGGCGUCCUGUGUUCAGUUGGAGUUCUGGCCAACAGUUUGGUUAUCUAUGCUGUGGCAUCAUGCAAGAAAAAGAUGGUCUCCGACAUUUACGUGCUGAACUUGGCCAUCGCAGACCUGCUCUUUCUGUUGGUGAUGCCCUUUAACAUCCAUCAGCUGGUGAGGGACAGGCAAUGGAUCUUUGGGCACUUCAUGUGUAAGGCUGUGGUGGUGGUGGAUGUGAGUAAUCAGUUUACCACAGUGGGGAUAGUGACUGUGCUCUGCAUUGACAGGUACAUUGCCAUUGUACAUCCAACGUCAGAAAAGAGGACCAUUCAAUGGACAAUUAUCAUCAACAUUAUGGUGUGGGUGGGCAGCUUUCUUCUGAGUAUCCCAGUCAUGAUAUACGCUAAAGUGGUCUCUAAAAAGCACCUGAACAUGUGUAUGUUAUACCUGACUGGGCCAAAUGAUAUGUACUGGUACACGCUCUAUCAGUCCACAUUGGGUUUUAUUGUCCCCUUGAUCAUUAUCUGCACAUUUUACAGUCUCACAAUGUACCACGUGUUCCGCUCCAUCCGACGGGUCAAGCGCAAGCAGUCCGUGUGGGCCAAACGGGCCACUAAGACAGUGCUGAUGGUGAUCGCCCUGUUCCUGGUCUGCUGGUCCCCUUACCACAUCAUUCAGGUCAUCAACCUCUGCAUCCAACAGCCCACCAAGGAAUUUUUCUAUGCAUACAACAUUAGCAUCUGUUUAAGCUAUUCCCACAGCUGCAUCAACCCUCUCAUGCUGCUCGUCUUCGCACAGAACUACCGCGAUCGCAUCUGCCGUCGCAAGGAACUGUACUCCCAGACCAGCGUGUCCAAGACCACUGUCAAAACCGAUGGAGGCUCUAGCAUCAGCCCAGACACCAGUCACCGGUGCACUGUCAUCUAAUGGCCACGAGCCCUGCUGGACAUGUUUACUGAGAAAAGCAAGAGAAAAGCGGAGCCCUGCACUGCAACACUUGCUUCAUGAGUGUCAAUUGCACAGUAGACUUCUCAAAUGGGAAAACUGUGAAUUCCACAGUGAACAGAACUUUCAAGAGGGAUGAUGGAGUGAAUCAGUGAUGUGACUGAUGUGCCAAUGAGCUGACAGGUCAAUCGACUGUGUUUUAUGUCACUCUCUGGAAAACUGACUGUAAUGUCCUGUUUCUGUAUUACUGUUCAUUGAUUUGUAGUUAAAAAACAGCCUGAUCUCAUGAACAUUCUGCGAAUGUGAUGACAUUUUUGAAAAAUUACAUUAUAUAGUUCAGUACACAUAUUGUGGUAGUUCUGAGGUUAAACGUCCACUGUGUGGUGCUGAAAGCGAUUUCAAUGUUCUCCAAAAAGAUUAUUGCUCAAGUUUUCAAGUUAACAAAUUUUUAAUCAACAAAAGAUACCUCCCUACCCUGUACCUCAAACCCAAACUUGUACCUAACUGACAGUGCCAUAAAUGCAAAUGUAAGAUGAAAAACACAAUUGCUGAGGCUACCACGUAAUUUUGUGGUACCUUUAUCUAAUUUGUCGUCUCUGAAUUCGUACAGUCCUACGCAUUGUAGUUGAGCUACUGCGCAACUUGUUUGCACCUGAAUUAGUUUUUAAGUAGGGUUGCCACCAGGACUGGACUGGGAAGAGAAAUCGGCAUGGGAUUUGCAUAUCGCGGAAAAGGACAUUGUGCAUAUGUCCAUAGGAAUCUGCAUAUUGUGGUCCGUUCUGCAUAACGCGGCAGAUCAUUGCUGCUUAUCGUGGCCCAUUCGGUACGUUUUGCGACCGAACCACUGGCAUGCUCGGUUCGCCUGAUGCCCAUUACUCCCCUGAUCGGCCCAAAAUGUGUCGGCCCACCGGAAAAUGCCGGUAUGCCAGAUUACCAGUCCAGCCCUGGUUGCCACCACGUUCCAUAAAAAUAAGGGAUCGUCCCAUAUUUAAAGAUAAAAUCAUGCAUUCCUUAUUAAAUCAAUACAGGACGCAAUUUGUCCUCAGUUUAGGCUGGCCAAAUGGUGUCACUGCUAAAUCGUUCAAGAUUGUUAAUUUUACAUUGAUGUUUGUGAAGUUGUGGAUGAGGGACCGUCUGAAAAGUUCACACAUUGUGUUAAACAUGCUUUAACUGUGGAGGGAGGAGUAAGGGACCAUCUGAAACCGUCAGCCAUCAGAACCCUGAAAUAAGCAGAAAACAUCCGAAAUCUGCCGUUUUACUUAUGAUAUGUGUGAAAGUAAAUAAAAGUCAUUGUUGUUGCAGUGCCUCUAGUGUUCAUUUCACCAGGAAUCUGCCACAUAAAAAUAUUUUUUGGCAAAAAUGUAGGUAUAGUAAUGAUGAAACCAGGUUGUUAAAAACAAUUAAAUGGUCAAGUAUUUGACAUACUUUGUCCUUGUUGGUGUAUUUGGUGGUGUUUGUGUUUUUGAGACCAAAUAACUAAACCAUCUUACAUGUUGCACAGUGCAAAAAAAAUUACAAAAAAUAAAGAAA